AUAACCGUAGAGGAACUUUCAGAAUAAUUCUCUUCCUCUUCUUUAUCAAAAGCGAAAUAAAUUAUUUAGCUUUCUGGGUAUGGACGAAUAAGCUUGUUGGGGGAAGCUUUUUCUGGAGGAUUUGAAUGAUCUGCUGACUCUGCUCUUGGACUUAUUCAAUUUUAGUUACUUAUAAUACAAAAAUAUAUAUUCAUGGGUAAGCCAGAGCAGGUGAAGAAAAGAGUAGCAUUUGUGCUGGUUGAUGGGUUGGGAGACGUGUCAAUACCAAUGUUUGGGUUAAAGACUCCUCUCCAAGCAGCUAAAAUUCCCAAUCUAGAUGCUAUUGCAUCUGCCGGUGUUAAUGGUCUAAUGGACCCUGUGGAAGUGGGAUUGGGUUGUGGAAGUGACACUGCUCACCUUUCCCUUUUGGGUUAUGACCCAAGAGUCUAUUACCGGGGUCGGGGCGCAUUCGAGUCUAUGGGUGCGGGAUUGGCAAUGUCUCCUGGGGAUAUUGCAUUUAAGUCCAAUUUUGCAACCUUGGAUGAGAAAACCGGAAUUGUCGUAAGUAGGAGAGCUGACAGGCACUUUGAAGAAGAAGGUCCCAUACUCUGUGCGGCACUAGAUGGAAUGAAACUGCCUUCUUUUCCUGAGUAUGAAGUAAGAGUCAGAUAUGCUACAGAACAUAGGUGUGGAGUUGUGGUAAAAGGGCCAAAAUUAAGUGGAAACAUAUCAGGAACAGACCCAUUAAAGGACAACCGCUUACUUUUGAAAGCUGAAGCUCUAGAUGAUACUGAAGAAGCAAAACAUACAGCCGAAGUAGUUAACGAGUUAUCCAAGGAGAUUUCACGAAUUCUGGUUUCUCAUCCACUCAAUGCAAAGCGAGCCUCAGAAGGGAAGAACAUAGCUAAUGUUGUCCUUUUACGAGGCUGUGGUAUUCGAAUUGAGGUUCCUCCAUUUGAAAAGAAACACGGGUUAUGGCCAUGUAUGGUAGCUCCCACUAAAAUUAUUGCUGGCCUGGGUUUAUCUCUUGGCAUUGACAUCCUGGAGGCUCCUGGAGCAACUGGAGACUAUCGGACACUUCUAACUUCCAAAGCAAGUGCAAUAGCUGCGGCACUCUCAGCUCCUUUGAAGUCUUGUCCAAAUGUUUUUGUACCUGGGGAAGACGAGCACAAACCAGGCCGUCCAGAUGGCUAUGAUUUUGGGUUUCUGCACAUAAAGGCAAUAGAUGAUGCAGGCCACGAUAAAGCAACCGUGUUCAAAGUCAAAGGGCUGGAGGCUGUAGACCGAGCUAUAGGGCAACUGGCCAGGUUCCUGUGGGAAGCUGAACCAACAGGGAAUUUUCAGUACUUCUUAUGUGUCACCGGAGACCAUUCCACCCCGGUUGAAUAUGGAGACCACAGUUUUGAGCCGGUCCCAUUUGCGAUAUGCCGGUUGAAAGACUUCAUUGGCGCAGUUGGUUUGGAAUCCAUCCUGGGAAUUUCGACCGAUCCAUUCCCUCUUCCAACCAUUAAAGCAGGGGAAGACCUGGCAGAAAAUGUGGCAGCAGAAGAAGAGGAUACGAAGAAGCAGAUUCAAGCUUUUGCUGGAGAUUCAGUCUGUGAGUUCAAUGAGCUUGCUGCUGCAAGAGGAUGUCUUGGACGUUUUCCUGGUGGGGAGAUGAUGGGAGUUAUAAAUAGAUUUCUUAAAUUAGAUUCAUAAACUGAUUUGAUCAAAGCUUUGGGAAUUAGUGCCGGUUCCCGAUAACCGCUGGAUGAUGCUUAAAUAAGUUUUUUGUGUUAACUUAAGAAUAUCCCGAGGAAUGAUGACGGUAGACGAAAUUUUGAGAGCUUUCAUUUAGAAUUGUUCCAAAAAAACUAUGCAAGUUUUUCCCUUAAUACUACUGUUCUUGUUUCAAAUCA